AUGAUGUGGAAAUCUUCAGUUGUCAUGGCCAUGGCCAUGGCCCUUCCCCUGGCAUCUGCCGCCUUGGCGGAUCUCGCACUUCAAUCAGUACUCGACACUGCCGCCCCAAUCUUUGGACCGUACAAGAAAAUUACGGAGGGGAAAGCGGAAUGGAUGAAGCGAUACCCCGAUAAAACCCUGCUCGUUCAUAUGAACAUCCCCGGCACCCAUGACAGCGCCACAUGGAAUUAUACCCAGGAGACCCAAGAUGCCAUGCGCGGCAUCACUGAUCUCAACCAGGUGGUUGUUCCGACCCCAGAAGCAUUGCGGUGCCAAGAGUCAUCCUUCAUUGACAUGCUCAACAUGGGAAUUCGGGCAUUUGAUCUGCGAUAUGCUUUCGACCCGACAAACUCGACCCUUAUUUACUACCAUGGACAGGCUCUGCUCUCCCAGACAGCUACAGUCAAGGAUGUGAUGUUCGGAUUUUACAAGUGGCUGGAUGACCACCCUUCGGAGACCCUUUUCCUGUCAUUCCAGUACCAAGGCUCAACCGCCCUGUACGCCUCCAAUAAUGCCGCUGUGCAAAUGCAACUCCACAGCAUUCUUACCUCGCGCGCCGCGCGCCGUUAUUUCAUGCAAAAUAAAGACGAAUUGGGUACCCUGGGUGCUGCACGUGGCAAGAUCACUCUCAUGCGGCGUUUCGACCUCGACAAGCUGCCGGAGUCUUACACAGCCUCUCUUCCCGGCCUGAACUUCUCACCCAGCCUCUGGAACGAUAAUGGCGCAGAGAUUGUUCUGGAAUACAACAAGGACAAGGGAUUCAAGGCCUACAUCGAAGACUACUAUGAGCCGCUCACGGAGCACGGAUCCAGUGCACGGGAGAAUAUCCGGUGGAAGUACAAUGCCACAGUGAAAAAUAUCCGCAAAGCUACUUCCAAGAAAUACCGGAACAGUCUCUUCUGGACCUGGGCAUCUGCUAACAAGAUCUCAAAUGACCCUCCCGAUUACCCUCGGAUUAUGGCACUUGGAAACGGCACUCGGUACACACCGUUCGGUGGAGUUAACAACCAGCUAGUGCCUUUCCUGAAAAGACAGAAGGGCAAGCGGGUCGGAAUCGUGAUGUUUGAUUACUACGACAUGCCUUCCAACCUGGUUGAUACACUUUUGGAUCUGUGA